UCUUGAAUCUAAUCUUAAAGUGUAGCUAGAGAUUAGCCAUAGAGAGAGAAAGAGUCCAUACAUAUUUCAUCAUCAUCAUCGUUCAAAUCCAUUAUAUACACACACAGAGAUAUUGUGACUCCAUAUUAUUACAUAAACAUGGCGACCGACUUCAAAUCCAUUCCUAUAGUAGACAUCAGUCAAUUGUUGGCCAAAUGGGAUGAUCCAGACAUGACAAAUGACAUAGGUGUCAUCAAUGUUGUUCAACAAUUGGAUAGGGCUUGUAGAGACUCUGGAUUCUUCUAUGUGAAAGGCCAUGGUAUCCCUGAUUCCCUUGUGGAAGAAGUUAGGAAGGUGUCACACAGAUUCUUUAGCUUACCUAAUGAUGAGAAAUUAAAUGUUAAACUCUCUCCUGCAACAGGAUACAGAGGAUAUCAAUAUCCUGGGGAAAACAUUACUAAAGGGGUUCCUGACAUGCAUGAAGCUAUUGAUUGCUACAGAGAGGUCAAACCAGGAAUGUACAGUGCUCUUGGAAAACUUAUGGAAGGCCCCAAUAAAUGGCCAACUAAUCCUCCAAAUCUGAAAGAACUUAUGGAGGAGUAUAUCACCCUUUGCACAGAUCUUUCAAGGAAAAUUAUGAGAGGAAUUGCUCUAGCACUUGGGCUGUUAGCAGAUGAACUAGAACAUGAAAGGGCUGGAGAUCCAUUUUGGGUAUUCAGAAUAAUUGGGUAUCCGGGUAGAUCCCAUGCAGAGGACACAAAGAUUCCAGAGAAUGAAACCGGAUGUGGUGCUCAUACUGACUAUGGUCUCUUGACACUGGUUAAUCAAGAUGCUGAUAUAACUGCUUUGCAGGUGAGAAAUGUCUCGGGUGAAUGGAUAUCAGCCCCUCCUAUCCCGGGGACAUUUGUAUGCAAUAUAGGGGACAUGUUAAAGAUUCUCAGCAAUGGUCUUUACGAGUCAACCUUGCAUCGAGUUAUCAACAACUCGCCAAAAUAUCGUGUUUCUGUUGCUUACUUCUAUGAGCCGAACUUCGACGCUGCAAUUGAGCUGAUGGAGGCUUGUGUAAAGAGAACCGGAGGGACGAAGAAGUUUGGAAGUGCAGUUUAUGGAGAACAUUUAAUAGGGAAAGUGCAGAACAAUUUUGUGGUGUAGAAUUUGAUUAUAUGUAUUAUUAUUGUGGCUUUGUCUGAAUUAUGUUUUACUUACCUUGUGUUAAAUAGUUGUUAUAAAUAAUGUUAAUGUAAGUGUUUCAAUUUGAUUUUUUUAUUUAUAAAAUUAGAACCAACAUGUUUUAA